GAUGCAUCAGAAGCUGCUGAAGAGCGCGCAUUACAUCGAGCUGGGCAGCUACCAGUACUGGCCGGUCCUGGUGCCCCGCGGCAUCCGCCUCUACACCUACGAGCAGAUCCCCGUGUCCCUCAAGGACAACCCGUACAUCACCGACGGCUACCGGGCCUACCUGCCCUCCAGGCUGUGUAUCAAAAGUUUGUUUAUUUUAUCUAAUGAGACAGUAAAUAUUUGGAGUCAUUUGCUGGGUUUCUUUCUCUUCUUCACACUGGGAAUAUAUGACAUGACAUCUGUGUUACCUUCAGCAAGUGCAUCCAGAGAAGAUUUUGUAAUUUGUUCUAUUUGUCUUUUCUGCUUCCAGGUCUGUAUGCUUUGCUCUGUGGGCUAUCAUCUUUUUUCCUGCCACCGAUCAGAAAAAACCUGUCGAAGAUGGAUGGCACUAGAUUAUGCAGGAAUUUCUAUUGGAAUACUGGGCUGCUAUGUCUCUGGAGUAUUUUACGCAUUUUAUUGUAAUAAUUAUUGGCGGCAGGUGUACCUGAUCACAGUGCUUGCUAUGAUCCUGGCAGUGUUCUUUGCACAGAUCCAUCCCAGUUACCUCACACAGCAGUGGCAGAGGCUGCGUUCCAUCAUCUUCUGUUCCGUUUCGGGAUAUGGAGUAAUUCCUACUCUUCACUGGGUUUGGCUCAAUGGAGGCAUAGGUGCUCCUAUUGUACAGGACUUUGCACCCCGUGUGGUUGUGAUGUACGUGAUCGCACUUCUUGCUUUCCUGUUCUACAUUUCCAAAGUUCCAGAGCGGUACUUUCCAGGACAACUAAACUACCUCGGAUCGAGCCACCAAAUCUGGCAUAUCCUUGCAGUAGUGAUGUUAUAUUGGUGGCACCAGUCAACAGUGUACGUCAUGCAGUACAGACAUAGCAAGCCUUGUCCCGACUAUGUCUCCCAUUUGUGAAUUCAAGUAUAGCUACCUGGUGUGUUCAGCUGUUAAGCAAUAUAUAAUGGGGAGUUGUAUACCCCACUAUUUCUAAGAUUCCCCUUAGUUUUUCCUUUUCCUAUUUAAUAUAUCAUGAGUAAUACCUUCUAAAAAUGGAAAAAUACAUCAGGAGCUGUAAUAGUAACUGCUUAACAAGCCCUUAACACUAUUUCUUUGCUGCUUGUACAGGAAGUGAAAAUUAAUUGGCAAUGAAUGUGAAACCAGUGUCAAAACAGUAUUCAUUUUACUUACCACCAGCUUAAUUUCCUUAGGAAGAGCUCACCUCUGUUAUAAAAUGGGGUCACCCUGUGUGAAUACUUUGAUAGACAAUAUUUACAGAUGACCAAGUGCCUCAUCAAGGCGAGGGUUGUGACAGCCUAUGCUUAACACAAGCUAGGACACUGAUCUUGAAUCAUCACUAGCCUUUGAAUACAUGGUUUGUGAGAAACUGGCAUAUGCGACGUUAUUUCCUUUAGCCGUGGGUUCUCUUCUCCCUAGGAACAUGGGAUUUUUUAGUUUGCUGGAACAAAAAUUUUAAACCUCUCCUUUAAGUUGAAAGAGGUGUUGAGAACUUGCAUUGUCAUUUCCCAUCAGAUAAGAAUGGCCUUACAAACAGACUAUGUGAUCAGGUGACAAACUCUGUGAUCUGAUAACCAACUAAUCAGCCAUUGAAGCUUUUUAAUUUCAAGUAUUAAGUUCAUAUAAUAAUUGAACGCUUGCCAGUGGAGUGCAGAUAUUUAGUUCCAAAAUUCCUGCAGAAAAGCUUUCACCUCUGAAUGUGCAAUCCUAGACUCCCUGAUGAUUGGGGGAGGUGUAGGGGGAGGUUUCCCAGCUAUAUGGGUGCUACUUUUAAGGCCAUAGAAUCUAGAUGGCCCGGUCUUGACCCUGAAAUGAACCUUAAGCCUUAGAACAAAGUCAUGCAGACGCCCCAUUUGAUGGCAGAUUAUUCACCUGUGCUCUGGUCUUACUCUGUUUAUGCAUGUGUUAACAUUGUAUUGAUAACUCAAAGUAUUGAUACAUACUAAUAUUUGGGCUUGAAACAUUAAAUGGGCAUUUUAUGUAUAUACUUAAAAAGAUCUCAAUGCCCUAUCAUACAACACAACUCUCUUGUUCUUUGGUAUUUUUCAUAUGCAUAAGUUAAAUCCCUUAAAGCAGUCAAAAACGUGGUUAAUUGGAAUAUAAAAUAGUACCCAAGUUUCUUAAUGGGUUGACAUAGCUACUUUAAAUAUUGGUAUAUCUUCAGGACCUUGGAAUUACUAAAUAUCAGAAGUGUUGAUUAAUGAUGAAGCUCAUUCCCAAAAUACGAUUUAUAUAUCUGAUGCUAGAAAUGUUAACUUUAAUGUGCCUCAGUUUGUUUUUGUAAUAUAAAUUCCCAUACUAGUAUCUCAGCAAAAAGAGGCCCCCCCCCCCCCCGCAUAGGCCAACGACACACUGUAUUUUGGUGGAACACUACUCUUUGAAGAUGGCAGUUUUAUUGCAUAAGGACAAAAUAUUUU